AUGUCAAAAGUUCGGAAGCGCCAAAAUGCGAAGAUCUCCAAAGCCGAGGAGCCUAUUGGUGCUUCCGAAAAUAACAAUGUUGGCUCCACCGAACCGGUGAGCCCCGAAGCUGACCAACCAGAACAGCCGUCGGGCACACCGAACGGCAAUGAUGAGGAACACGAAGUUGCAGACUUGAGCGACGUCGUCAAGUAUGGCAAAGACAAAGUCAAGGCUUCAAUCGUCAAGCAUCGCAAACGCAGUCAUCACACGAUCGUCUUUAUUAUAGGCGGUCUCGUGGGAGUAUUGGUUGCGAUAUUUUUCCUCAAACAACAAGAUAUCGUCCAGCUACCGGAUUUUAAUCUUGAAACUUUCACGGAUGUCUUGCCGUUAUCCAUUCUAAAUGAAGCUAGAGAUAUAUCAAACCGUCAAAAGGAUGCCGUCAACUAUGAUUCCUUCGCCAUUGGACUCCGGAUGAGGGAAGAAGGUCUCGAGUCGCACUUCCCAGUGGUUAUGGUCCCGGGUGUCAUCUCCACGGGCCUUGAAAGCUGGGGAACAAGCGCCAAGUCGCUCCCGUAUUUUCGGAAGCGCCUCUGGGGAUCCUUCACCAUGAUGAGGACCCUCAUGCUUGAUAAGGCAUUGUGGAAGGAGCAUAUUAUGCUGAAUAAAACGACAGGCCUGGACCCUGAUGGUAUCAAAUUACGUGCCGCUCAAGGGUUCGAUGCAACAGACUUCUUUGUCACCGGAUAUUGGAUCUGGAGUAAAAUCCUCGAGAAUCUAGCAACUCUAGGCUAUGAUCCGACGACUUCGUAUACUGCAUCAUACGAUUGGAGGUUAUCGUACAUCAACCUAGAAAAGCGGGACCAAUAUUUCACUAGGCUAAAGGCACAUAUAGAAAUGGCGAAAAAGGCGCACGGGCGUAAGUGCAUAUUGAUAUCGCAUUCUAUGGGCUCCCAGGUCGUCUUUUUCUUCCUAAAAUGGGUUGAAGCAAUGGGUGAAGGCCAUGGAAACGGCGGCAAAAGCUGGGUUGAGGACCAUAUAGAUUCCUUUAUCAACAUCUCAGGCAGCAUGCUCGGCGCUGUCAAGGGGAUCACGGCAGUGCUCUCCGGGGAAAUGAGAGACACAGUUCAGCUCAACCAGUUUGCCGUGUACGGACUGGAGAAAUUCUUUUCCAAGGAAGAAAGAGCAGAAAUCUUAAGGUCGAUGCCUGGAAUAUCCAGCAUGAUACCCAAGGGAGGGGAUGCAAUCUGGGGAAAUCUGACUUGGGCACCGGAUGAUCAAGAAAAUCAAACGACAAGCUAUGGAAACUUUCUUAAGUUUAAACCUGUCAAUGAGACGUCUAAGUUUACCAAAAAUAUGACAGUCACAGGAGCAAUAAACCACCUACUUGAAACAUCGGAACCAUGGUUUCGAGAGCAAAUUUUGGGCAGCUAUUCCCACGGAGUCGCUUCGUCUAUUCCUGAAGCAAAAGAAAACGAAGCAGAUCCUAGGAAAUGGAUCAAUCCCCUCGAAGUUCCUCUACCAUACGCACCCAGCAUGAAGAUAUACUGUUUUUACGGCGUUGGCAAGGGUACCGAAAGAAGCUACUACUAUGCACAAAAUCCUGUAAACGAAAGCUUCAUACAAACUGUCAUAGACCACACGGUAAAUAUAGCGGAGGAAGAAACCGAUCAUGGUGUGAUGACGGGCGAAGGAGAUGGGACUGUGCCCUUGCUAAGCAUGGGAUUCAUGUGCUCGAAGGGAUGGAAGAUGAAACGAUUUAACCCAGCAAGAAUCCCCAUCAAGACGUUCGAGAUGCUUCAUGAGCCCCAGACCUUCGACAUGCGGGGUGGUCCCAAUACGGCGGAUCACGUCGACAUUUUAGGACGACAGCAGUUGAACGAAUUGAUAUUACGGGUCGCCGCGGGGAAAGGCGACUCAAUACCCGAAAAGAAAAUAUCGAAGAUUGAUUUGUAUACCUCUCGAGUCGAUCUUGGAGGGAUGGAAGAGUAG